GCGGACCCACAGCCUCGCCGCGCACCUGCCCAGCGCCCGCAGCGCGGCCCGAGCGCCACCUCGAGCGGCCCCGGCGGCGGCGUGGGCGUCGAGACAGAUUUACAUGUGUUGAAGACCAGACCAGAAGCACUUCUGAAUUAAGAUCCCAGAUUCUUUGAGGUGGCAACAAAGAGCACGUGCGCCAGAAGAUGAGUGAACUCGACCAGUUGCGGCAGGAGGCCGAGCAGCUGAAGAACCAAAUCAGAGAUGCCAGGAAAGCAUGUGCAGAUGCGACGCUCUCUCAGAUCACAAACAACAUCGACCCGGUGGGGAGGAUCCAGAUGCGCACCAGGAGAACGCUGAGGGGGCACCUGGCGAAGAUUUACGCCAUGCACUGGGGCACGGACUCCAGGCUGCUCGUCAGUGCCUCACAGGACGGCAAGCUCAUCAUCUGGGACAGCUACACCACAAACAAGGUGCACGCCAUCCCUCUGCGCUCCUCCUGGGUCAUGACCUGUGCAUACGCCCCCUCUGGGAACUACGUGGCCUGCGGUGGGCUGGACAACAUCUGCUCCAUUUACAACCUGAAGACGCGCGAAGGGAACGUCCGUGUGAGUCGGGAGCUGGCCGGACACACAGGUUACUUGUCCUGCUGCCGAUUCCUGGAUGACAAUCAGAUCGUCACCAGCUCUGGAGACACCACGUGUGCCCUGUGGGACAUUGAGACCGGCCAGCAGACGACCACAUUCACCGGACACACUGGGGACGUCAUGAGCCUGUCUCUUGCCCCUGACACCAGGCUGUUUGUUUCUGGUGCGUGUGACGCCUCAGCCAAGCUCUGGGACGUGCGAGAAGGCAUGUGCCGGCAGACCUUCACAGGCCACGAGUCCGACAUCAACGCCAUCUGUUUCUUUCCAAACGGCAACGCGUUUGCCACCGGCUCAGACGACGCCACCUGCAGGCUGUUUGACCUUCGCGCAGACCAGGAGCUCAUGACCUACUCCCACGACAACAUCAUCUGUGGGAUCACCUCGGUCUCCUUCUCCAAGAGCGGGCGGCUCCUCCUCGCCGGGUACGACGACUUCAACUGCAACGUCUGGGACGCGCUCAAGGCUGACCGGGCAGGUGUCCUGGCUGGUCAUGACAACCGCGUCAGCUGCCUGGGAGUGACGGAUGACGGCAUGGCCGUGGCCACGGGGUCCUGGGACAGCUUCCUCAAGAUCUGGAACUAAGGCCGCAGGCAGCCCCGUGGUGACUGGAAGACCAUUCCGACCUUGAAGCGUCCCAGUGAUAGCGCGUCCUGUCCAGCCACUCUCACGUGGACACCCACACCCUCAGCACUUCAAAAGGGCAAAGAUCUUCUCCUUCACCUACGCUGAAACCAAGAGCACAAUCCCACUCCGAGAAGACGCGUGCCGUCCGCCGCGAGCCGCGCAUUCCUCCCGGGGCCAUCGUCUCUGUUUUCUUUUUUGUCUUGAAUGAAUUUUAAAAGGAAAUACUAUAAUAAAAACGUUACCCUGAAGGUAAAUGAGUGUAUUGUGAGACAGACACAGCUUCCGUUAGUUUACCCGAGUUGUAGACCAGUGACCCUGUUCUGUGAUGUCCCUGUGAAACGCGCCCAGGACCCCGCCGAGCUGGGCCCCCGGGCCUGCCGCUGUGAGCGGGGUCGUGGACGCACGCGUGGCUCCCUGGGACGCGUCCCCGAGCCCCUGGUUUUCUGUUGCUUGUCUGGUGUCACCGACCGUUGUCGCACACGAACACGCUGAGCAGUGAGGUGAGCAGGCACACGCCCGCCGCCGCGCCAGGAGCGUGUGUCUGCCAGACGCCGUCAGGUGCUUGGAUAGUCAGUCGCUUACUCGUGUAUGAAACAAUGUACAAAUCAAUGUUUUGAAAAUAAUGAUCUCAGACUUUCUAAGUUAAAUUUUAAAGAAUUGAUUGUUUGCCAUAUUGGGUGGGUUUCUCCUUAGAAUCGCAUGCUGUAGAAAUGCUCAAAAGUGCAUACGGGACUAAGUCCUUAGAUGUUCUUUUCUUUAAGAAAAACCCUCUGAAGUUGUACCCACGGCCCUGCCCUCACCGUCGCCCUGUGCACACUUCGGAAGCAGCACAGUAGCAGCUCUGCACGCUUGGCUCGCGGGAAAGCCCUGUCGUCUUUAUUUCUUAAACAGAAAACAAAAAGCCAGUUCUGUUGCAAACGGCUGCUGUUGGAUUCUGAGGGCGGGAGGAGGGUGGGCCUGCGGUCCGGUCCCUGGUGGGUCCCCCAUGCCUGCCGUCACGCAGAGCCUCCCGCUCCCACGGCGCCCGUGUCCACAGUGCUCUGGGCCCCUCCCGCCCCCACAGCAGCAGUGGCUUCUCCCUCCUGUGUUGCUCGACCUCCUGUACAAGCCUGUGCUGUGCUGCCAUAGGCCUGGACCUGGCAACGAGAUACAACCGAACCCCUCCCUCCCCCACCCUCUGCCCUCUGACCUUUUGUAUUUAAGUCCGUGUACUGCAAGGACGCCGGAUGCCAGGUAGAUCUGUUAGACUGUGCUGUUAUUUAAGACGAAUAAAGCAGUUUGACACGAGG